GAUUAGCAGCACUGGGUAGGUACGGGGCGAAACUAGAGCAUCAAUCGGCACAGAAGACGAGAAAAAAAAGAUCUGCAAACAUUGGAUCGCCGUCCCACACCGCGACACCGUCCGCCCGUUUUUGGAUAUCGCCGGACGGACAUGCAAUUUACAGACCGGGGUGUUGUGUGAGUGACGCCUUGUUGUUACCAUGACGACCCACGUGACCCUGGAGGAUGCCCUGUCCAAUGUGGACUUGCUGGAGGAGCUGCCCCUCCCGGACCAGCAGCCAUGCAUCGAACCCCCUCCCUCCUCUAUCAUGUACCAGGCUAAUUUUGACACCAACUUUGAAGACAGGAAUGCAUUUGUGACCGGCAUCGCCCGCUAUAUAGAGCAAGCUACAGUCCACUCCAGCAUGAAUGAGAUGCUGGAGGAAGGACAUGAGUAUGCUGUGAUGCUUUACACUUGGAGAAGCUGCUCCAGAGCCAUUCCCCAGGUGAAAUGCAAUGAGCAGCCCAACAGGGUGGAGAUCUAUGAGAAAACAGUGGAGGUGUUAGAACCUGAAGUGACCAAGCUUAUGAAGUUCAUGUACUUCCAGCGGAAAGCCAUAGAACGUUUCUGUAGCGAAGUGAAGCGUCUGUGUCACGCUGAGAGAAGGAAGGACUUUGUGUCUGAGGCCUACCUGCUCACUCUGGGCAAAUUUAUCAACAUGUUUGCAGUGCUGGACGAGCUGAAGAACAUGAAGUGUAGCGUUAAGAACGAUCACUCUGCAUACAAAAGGGCAGCUCAAUUCUUGAGGAAGAUGGCCGACCCUCAGUCCAUCCAGGAGUCCCAGAACCUCUCGAUGUUUUUAGCCAACCACAACAGGAUCACUCAGUGCCUGCACCAACAGUUGGAGGUGAUUCCCGGCUACGAGGAGCUUUUGGCAGACAUUGUCAACAUCUGUGUCGACUAUUAUGAGAACAAGAUGUAUUUGACACCCAGUGAGAAACACAUGCUGCUUAAGGUGAUGGGCUUUGGUCUGUACCUGAUGGAUGGGAACGUGAGUAAUAUAUAUAAACUCGACGCCAAAAAGAGGAUCAACCUAAGCAAGAUUGACAAGUUCUUCAAACUUCAAGUGGUGCCUCUAUUUGGAGACAUGCAGAUAGAGUUGUCGCGCUACAUUGAGACAAGUGCCCACUACGAAGAAAACAAGUCCAAGUGGACGUGCACCCAGAGCAGCAUCUCGCCACAGUACAACCUGUGCGAGCAGAUGGUGCAGAUCAGAGAGGACCACAUCCGCUUCAUCUCGGAGCUGGCGCGCUACAGCAACAGCGAAGUGGUGACGGGCUCGGGCCUGGACAGCCAGAAGUCGGACGAGGAGUACAGAGAGCUGUUCGACCUCGCUCUGAGGGGUCUGCAGCUGCUGUCCAAGUGGAGCACGCACGUCAUGGAAGUUUACUCGUGGAAGCUGGUCCAUCCCACGGAUAAAUUCUGUAACAAGGACUGUCCGGGCACAGCGGAGGAGUAUGAACGAGCCACGCGAUACAAUUACACCAGUGAAGAGAAAUUUGCCCUGGUGGAGGUCAUUGCCAUGAUCAAAGGGCUGCAGGUUCUGAUGGGCCGAAUGGAGUCUGUGUUCAACCAGGCCAUCAGGAAUACCAUCUACGCAGCGCUGCAGGACUUUGCCCAGAUGACGCUCAGAGAGCCUCUGCGCCAGGCUGUACGCAAGAAGAAGAACGUCCUCAUCAGUGUUCUUCAGGCCAUCCGAAAGACUGUCUGUGACUGGGAUGGGGCGAGGGAACCUCCGAAUGACCCCUGCCUGAGGGGGGAGAAGGACCCAAAAGGUGGAUUUGACAUCAAAGUGCCCCGCAGGGCUGUGGGACCCUCCAGCACACAGCUGUACAUGGUGCGCACCAUGCUGGAGUCAUUGAUAGCAGAUAAGAGUGGCUCUAAGAAGACUCUCCGCAGCAGUCUGGAUGGACCCAUCGUGGUGGCCAUUGAAGACUUCCACAAACACUCCUUCUUCUUCACACAUCUGCUCAACUUCAGCGAGGCCCUGCAGCAGUGCUGCGACCUGUCCCAGCUGUGGUUCAGAGAGUUCUUCCUGGAGCUGACCAUGGGUCGCAGAAUCCAGUUCCCCAUUGAGAUGUCCAUGCCCUGGAUCCUCACCGACCACAUCCUGGAGACCAAGGAGCCCUCCAUGAUGGAAUACGUGCUGUAUCCUCUAGACUUGUAUAACGACAGCGGCUACUACGCUCUCACCAAGUUCAAGAAGCAGUUCCUUUACGAUGAAAUCGAAGCUGAGGUAAACCUCUGCUUUGACCAGUUUGUCUACAAGUUAGCGGAUCAGAUAUUCGCCUACUACAAAGCCAUGGCUGGAAGCGUCCUCCUAGACAAGCGCUUCAGAGCGGAGUGUAAAAACUAUGGCGUGAUCAUCCCGUACCCUCCGUCAAACCGCUACGAGACGCUGCUCAAGCAGAGACACGUACAGCUGCUAGGUCGCUCUAUCGACCUGAACCGUCUGAUCACCCAGAGGAUCUCGGCAGCGAUGUACAAGUCCCUGGACCACGCCAUCAGCCGCUUUGAGAGCGAGGACCUCACUUCCAUAGUGGAGUUGGAGUGGCUGCUGGAGAUCAACAGACUAACCCACCGGCUCCUGUGCAAGCAUUUGACCCUGGACAGCUUCGACGCCAUGUUCCGCGAGGCCAACCACAACGUCUCCGCUCCGUACGGGCGAAUCACGCUCCACGUCUUCUGGGAGCUCAACUUCGACUUCCUCCCUAACUACUGCUACAACGGAUCCACAAACCGCUUUGUACGCACAGCCAUUCCCUUCACCCAGGAGCCUCAAAGAGACAAGCCAGCCAACGUGCAGCCUUACUACCUGUAUGGGUCCAAGCCUCUGAACAUUGCCUACUCCCACAUAUACAGCUCCUACAGAAACUUUGUCGGCCCGCCCCACUUCAAGACCAUCUGCCGUCUCCUUGGAUACCAGGGCAUUGCUGUAGUGAUGGAGGAGCUGCUUAAGAUUGUCAAGAGCCUGUUACAGGGCACCAUCCUGCAGUACGUUAAAACUCUGAUCGAAGUCAUGCCCAAGAUCUGCCGCCUGCCGCGCCACGAGUAUGGCUCCCCAGGUAUCUUGGAGUUCUUCCACCAUCAGCUCAAGGAUAUUAUUGAGUAUGCUGAGCUGAAGACAGAUGUCUUCCAGAGCUUAAGGGAGGUUGGAAAUGCCAUCCUCUUCUGCCUCCUCAUCGAGCAAGCUCUGUCCCAGGAGGAAGUGUGUGACCUGCUUCAUGCCGCCCCCUUCCAGAACAUUCUGCCCAGAGUCUACAUCAAAGAGGGAGAGCGUCUGGAAGUGAGGAUGAAAAGGCUGGAAGCAAAGUACGCCCCUCUCCACCUUGUGCCUCUAAUUGAGAGGUUGGGAACCCCACAGCAAAUUGCCAUUGCCCGUGAGGGGGACCUUCUGACCAAAGAGCGUCUGUGCUGCGGCCUUUCCAUGUUCGAGGUCAUCCUGACGCGCAUCCGCAGCUUCCUGCAGGACGGGGUGUGGCGCGGGCCUCCGCCCACCAAUGGCGUGAUGCAUGUGGACGAGUGUAUGGAGUUCCACCGCCUGUGGAGUGCCAUGCAGUUUGUCUACUGCAUCCCUGUGGGCACACAUGAGUUCACCGCGGAGCAGUGCUUCGGGGAUGGGCUGAACUGGGCCGGCUGUGCCAUCAUCGUGCUGUUGGGACAGCAGCGUCGUUUUGACCUCUUUGACUUCUGCUACCACCUGCUCAAAGUCCAACGACAGGACGGCAAAGACGAGAUCAUCAAAAAUGUGCCCCUGAAGAAGAUGGCCGACCGCAUUAGGAAGUACCAGAUCCUCAACAAUGAGAUCUUUGCCAUCCUCAACAAGUACAUGAAGGCAGUGGAGACGGACAGUUCCACUGUGGAGCACGUUCGCUGUUUCCAACCUCCUAUACACCAAUCCCUGGCGACCACCUGUUGA